AUGAGCAGUGCUCUCCCCCUUUCUAGCGCUGACCUGCCAGGUGCAGGUCUUUCGACCGCCUCUACUUCUACUUCUCCUCCAGCGAUUUCGAGCCCCGUCGUGCCGGCCGCGGUGGGGAGCAGCGGCAUCUCCACAUCUGCCGCGCUUGCUUCCUUGGUCGAUCCUCGUAAAUCACCAGUAGCAUCAUCCACGAUCUCGAGCGCCGCUAUCGCCGGCUCAAGUCCGAGCGCGUCCUUUUCCGGCGUCGCCCUCCCUACGGAGGCUCGGUCGGUCGUCGCGCCCAACAUCUCCAAGCUGGCAGCAGGCGCAGGUGGUGAGGAGGGCGGCAACAGGGUAAUCACUGUGGGCGCCAUCACCCAGGGGCAGGGGGUGUUGGUAGGGCAGAGUGCGUCGGCGAUCGUGGCGGCGGUGGAGAGCGCGGUGGUGCCUGCGCCGUCGCAGUUUGGGGUGUCCGCGGGGCGGGUCCAGACGGUCUCUUUUCAGCCUCCACCAGCAUCUGCCAUUUCUGGGCUCAACACUUCGUCCUCUCAGCCUACAUUGUCUACUACCACGUCAACCUUUACGCCGUUCUUCUCGCCCCUUCCCUCAGCUUCGAUGGUCUCGAUGGAGCGAAUUGAGUCGCCUCCGGCCGUCAAUAUCUUCAAUCCCGAGAACAAGCUUUUCCCGCUCGGUAUCACAGCUGUUUCUAUCGCAGGCAUCUUCAUCGCUAUCCUAUCUACAUUCCUCGUCAUCCGCUUCUCGGGCUGUACCAAGCGACGCCGGUUCGAUAAACGCCAACCCAUCCCCUCCUUCAUCGACGUCGCCGACCGGGACAUCUCUUCGUCGUUCCACGACCGGUCGAUAUAUCGGGACAAUGCAUCGUACGGCUCCAGUGCACGCGCUGGGGUGGACGCGGAGAAGGGACUGGGACCUGGCGGGUCGGAUAGUCGAUACCCCGCCAUGCCUACCAGAGGGGGAUGGGAUGGGUCUGCUCCGCCUCAUGUCGGCGUCGCAUCCACCACGGCUGCUGCCCAAGCGCCUACCGCUCCCUCCACGCGCGGAUACUCGGCAUACGAAGCUUUCUUCUUCCCCUCUACUUCCCCUCCUGGAUCGCGCGAUCUCACCCCUUCUCCCCCUCAUCGCCCAAACAAAGGCAGCGGCAAUGUCAACAACCUCGGACCCAAGACUCAGCUCCACGAUAGCCCCGUUCCUUCCUUCCAGACCCCCAGCGACGUCAACGGAGACGGAAGCGCCAUCAACCCCUUCUUUCCUACCGGCCACACUGAGCUUCGGCUCGCUAACCCCGAUCUCAGCCGCCAGACCACUCCCGUCACCUAUACCAACCCCUUCCAGUCCCCAUCCGACCGGCAGCGGGAGGGCACGACGCCGCUCCAACCUGGCCGAUUACAGGGCUUCGUUCCUGCUUCUCCACCCCGCGCAAAGGCCAACGUACGCGAUUCGGUGUCGUCCAUCUCGUCCUUUGAUAGCAGCACCAGCUCGCGUUCGGCAUACAGCCAAGUGACGCGCGCGGGGAUGCCGGGGGCGAGGGUCAUCAUGUUCCCGCCUGCGCCGAGCUUCAUGCAGCCGCUCGCGGGGGCGGGAUCGGGGUGGAGGGACAGGGAUAGAGUGGGGUCGUUGGAUGUGCCGAAGGAUGCGGUGAGCCGGCCGGGGAGUGGGGAUGUGUGGACGAGGAGGGAGUAA